GGAGUGCGCUGCUCGUCCACCGCUGGCUCGUCACCCAACUCCGGAAAUCCGCUGCUCGUCCCGCCCGCUUCGCUCCGCCUGGGCCUCCGGUUUUCUUUGGUGAUGACCAAGAUGUUGCGGCUCCUGAGCAGUCUAAUCCGGGGGAGCAACGGCCCUGCCAAAGUUCUUGUGGGAUCUCGCAAUUAUGCAGACUUCGCAUCUGAAGCUUCAUUUGAUAUUAAGAAAUGUGAUUUGCAUCGUGUUGAAGAAGGUCCUUCCAGCACAACCAUCCUGACGAGAGAAGAUGGCCUUAAAUACUACCGGACAAUGCAACUGAUUCGUCGCAUGGAGCUUAAGGCAGAUCAACUAUACAAACAGAAGAUCAUUCGUGGUUUCUGCCAUUUGUAUGAUGGCCAAGAGGCUUGUUGUGUUGGAAUUGAAGUUGCAAUUAAGCCGACGGAUCACCUUAUAACAGCUUAUCGGUCUCAUGGUUUCACUUACACGCGUGGGAUUAGUCCUAAAGAAAUCAUGGCUGAGCUCACUGGUAGACGUGGUGGAUGCGCAAAAGGCAGAGGUGGAUCCAUGCACAUGUAUGCUAACAACUUCUAUGGUGGCAAUGGCAUUGUUGGUGCACAGGUUCCUCUUGGAGCAGGGAUUGCAUUGGCUUGUAAAUACUUGGAGAAGAAUGAGAUUUGUGUUACCCUUUAUGGUGAUGGUGCUGCCAAUCAGGGUCAAAUUUUUGAAACCUACAACAUGGCUAUGCUUUGGAAACUGCCCUGCAUAUUUGUCUGUGAGAACAACAGAUACGGUAUGGGUACAUCUGUGGAGAGAGCGUCAGCCAGCACUGACUAUUAUAAGAGAGGUGACUACAUCCCUGGUCUGAGGGUUGAUGGCAUGGAUGUGCUAUGUGUCAGAGAAGCAACACAGUUUGCAGCAGACCACUGCAGGUCUGGAAAGGGCCCUAUCUUGAUGGAACUUCAAACUUAUCGUUAUCAUGGACAUAGCAUGAGUGAUCCAGGGGUCAGUUACCGUACCAGAGAAGAAAUCCAAGAAGUGAGAAGUAAAAGUGACCCUAUUACCAUGUUGAAGGACAGAAUGCUGAAGAAUAACCUGUCCAGCAUCGAAGAACUGAAGGAAAUUGAUGCUGGGGUCAGGAAAGAGGUGGAGGAAGCAGCACAGUUUGCCACCACAGACCCGGAGCCAGCACUCGAAGAACUGGCUAACUACAUUUACUCCAACGAAUCAGCCUUUGAUGUCCGUGGCACCAAUCCAUGGAUUAAGUACAGAUCCGUCUCAUAAAAAGCUAUAAAGCCAUUGGAAUCAGUUAUACAGCCAUCUGAACCCAACAUGUUUGUUAUAUGAUCUCUGAAAGUUGGAUUUAGAAUCCUAAUUUUCUUAUUAUGCAGUCUUGUUUAAUAUUACCUACUGUACAUAUGCAGUUUAUAAACCACAAUGAAUCAUUUAUCUCCCACGAUUUAUUUAUGGUUUGUAUUACUUGGGUGUUUUUAAUCAAGGGUACUCUUAAAUAAUUCAGUUUGCUGUUUUAGUUGCAGUAUCUUAAAUCAGUAUAAUAAUAAAAAUAACUGAAAUCCGGAUGGCUUUACAAAAUA